AUGUAUACCGGAUACUUUGCCCUGCUAAUGGCGGCCUUGAUGGCCAUUUUGACCGUAGCAACCGAGUCUUCAAUUCCAGGAUACGAUGUCUUUGUGCCUGAGUGGGAAGUAAGAGCCCAUCCAAGUGGAGAUGCGCUUCGCCUAAACGGAACGGCGGAGGAAGUCAUUCAGCAGAUUGAGAAAAUCAACCCGGACUUCAAGAGAUCAUUCAACAUUGAUGAUCUCCCAGAACAGGAGGAAGAUAUAAAGAGUCCACAUAAAUUGCAGAGCCGCGCUGUGACGACGUUCCCGCUCGACAGGGUCAUCUGCGACAAUUUCGAACCGGCCAAGUCAUCCGAGGUCAUGAGUGCGGUCCGAUACCUCAACGACAUUGGGGGAAGGCCAAAGAACGGUGGUGGCCCGGCAAACUGCGGCAGGGUUAGUUGCGGUUACAAGGUCGCCGUUUGGUGGUGUAACGAUGGAGCGCAAACGAGAGAACUCAGUGGUUUCAGCUCCAUUACGGCUGGCAUCUAUGCGAUCCAAACGAUGUGCCAACAGACUCGACCCAAGUUUGCUGGGCAGGCCUUCCACCCUGACAACUGGAAUGUCAUCGUUCGUUGGGAAGACUGUUAA